AUGAAUCAGAAUGGCGGUAGUGUGGGAGAUACUCGGAAUGUUUUAAAUGGAUGGUUGAAUGGUGCGUACCGCCCGAUGAAGAGACAAGCCGGCCGAGAAAACGAGAACCCAUCAGAAACCGGAGAGGGCAAGUCUCUCGAAGAGAAAUUAUAUGAAUCCAUAUACAAUGCGAAAUUGAGUCAUAUUAUCAUCGACGAUGGAACUCAACCAUUGGGAAUGAGGUUGGUUGAUGGAAUGCCCAAUGAAGGUUUGAUGUGGAAGGAUGAGGAAGUUAAUGUCGUGCCUGAAAUUGAGGAAACUCUUGAACAGAAGCCGGAACGCACUAAAGGAGUUGAGCUGUUGGUUCUUACCUCAGAAAUGGGUUGGCCAUAUACAGGCUUUGCCCGGGGAAGUAACAGUGACAUAUUCAUUCGCAGAGAAGAGCUCCGUGUAUGGAAUGUUGUAAGGAAUGGAAUUGAAUUAUGGCGUACACAACGUGUUAUACCGGGAUGUCUUUAUUUACCACGAUCAUACGUUGCCAUCGGUAAUCCUGGGAUUGGCAAAUCUCAGAAUUUGGGUUCUUUUAUCCUCUACAAGUUACUGCAUUAUGAUGCGGAAGAGUUGCCUGUUGUUGCGUACUUCCGUGGUGUAGCCGCAUAUAUAUUUGAGAAAUCAAGUGGUGGUGGCGUUGGCAGAGUUAAAAAGUACAGUAAAGGUGCAGCAAUGGACUUGCUAGAGGUUAUAUCAUCUAAUACACGUGGUUAUAUUAUUUAUGACUUCGUCAACAAAGGCGAGCAGCCACCGGCAGAUGUGGCUCCAAAAUGGGGAAGCAUUUUGAUCAGUUCACCCAAUUUGAGAAAUUUUGACAGCUGGCAAAAGCAACGUAAAGGCGCGUUUAUUGUUGUUAACUGCUGGGCUAUGAGUGAAAUGCGGGCCUUCUUCUCACGUAUUGGACCCAAGCUUUUUCCUCAAGCCACACCUGUUGAGUUGAGGGAAAAGUGGAACAUGUAUAAGGACCGUGUGGAGCGUGUCGGACCUUCACUUCGUUAUGUGUUUGAUGAAGUAAUGUAUGAACAGCAGCUUACUGCAGUGGACGGGGAAUUGGGGAGUAUUGUAGCAGGUAACAAGUACGGAAUAUAUACUAAGGUACUGGACAACUGUGGGGAAUGGAGAGAAAGUGACGCGUCUCACAAACUCGUGAAGAUCGUUCGUAUCAAAGCUCGAGAAGGAAACUUUUUUGACACGUAUGUCUGCGUGGCGCAUUCUGAAUCUAUAAAGAAAAGAAUUUUGAAUGUAGUGUUUUCCGGCAUUGCUGAGGAGUGGGCACUGGUGUCUGGUAUGACGCGGGACGCAUCUGUCAUCGGGCAUUAUUUUGAGAAGAAUGCAAUUAAAUAUUUGUGUUCCCCCAAAGUGUUAACUUGUUUCGUAAGUCUAAUAACGAAACUUCCAGCAAAUGAAAGGGCCAGACGCAUGAGGACACGCAAAAGCAUUUUGCAACACGUAAGGGAUGGCCUCCUCAAAGUUGGUCGAACAAACACAGUGCCAGGUGACAUCAACUGGGCUGAGUCGGAGGGGGCUCCGGUGGAAUUAUAUGUGCCAUGCGUUUCCAACUUCCCCGUAGCGGAUGCAUUCUUUAUUUUUGAUGACAAGGAGGCUGCACAGGCUUCAGGAACCACAGGAAAGAAAACUAUUGUGUUGUUGCAGUUUACUGUUGCCAGCAGCCAUCACACAACAACCGACGAAUUCAUUCAUUUGUUACAAUCCCUCUUUCCAAGUGCGGAGGGGGGAGGUCACCAGAAUGAGGCUACCGUUGAACAGUUGAAGGAAAUUACUGAGAUGUUUCACUGGGAAAUCAUUUACGUUCAGCACUUCGAAUCCACAGCGAUGAGGUCUGAGCAGAAGUGUGAAAUUACGCAGGGUAAGGCAAAGCACCGCAGUCACCAGUUUGUGGAGGGAUUCUGGAAGAACAAUGUGCAGCAGUACCAUGUGCAGUAUGAGGAUAACAUAGUUACCAAAAUGCUUGCGGUGGCUGCUGUGGGCCGAAGGUAA